GGGGCCGCUCCUCUUUGGGUGGCAGGGCUGGGGCUUGGGAAGAUGUAGCGGCGUUUUGGGCACGGAGGCGUCGUCGUCUUCAUCAUCAUCUUCCCUGGAGCGCGUUGGGAGCCGCCGCCGGCAUGAGAAAGCGGAACGAGUCUGUCACGUUGGAGCAUGAGCGCUUGGCCUCUUCCUCCUCCGCAGCUGCCUCGGCGCCUCCGCAGCUGGAGAAGGGCUUCAGCUUGAGGACCAACCUGCGUCUGCCUGGCAACAGCGGCGGCGGCGGCGGCGGCGGCGACUCUGGAAUGAAUCGAACGUUCGGCAGGAGACAUGGAAUGUGGUUUCGGUUUCGGAAAGUAGUAAUCUGGUUGUUGGGAGUAUACAUAGCCAUUCCAUUUCUAGUAAAACUCUGUCCUGCUAUUCAGGCAAAGCUCGUCUUCCUAAAUUUUGUGAGAGUACCCUAUUUCAUUGACUUGAAAAGGCCCCAGGACCAAGGUUUAAACCACACAUGUAACUAUUACUUGCAGCCGGAGGAAGAUGUAACUAUUGGAGUCUGGCACACAGUUCCUGCAGCACUAUGGAAGGAUGCUCGAGGCAAGGAUCACCUAUGGUAUGAAGAUGUUUUGGGUUCUAACCACCCAGUGAUCCUUUACUUACAUGGAAAUGCAGGGACCAGAGGAGGUGAUCAUCGUGUGGAACUCUAUAAGGUUCUGAGUUCACUUGGUUACCAUGUAGUCACAUUUGAUUAUAGAGGUUGGGGAGAUUCAAUAGGUACUCCCUCAGAGAGUGGAAUGACCUAUGAUGCUCUUCAUGUUUUUGACUGGAUAAAAGCAAGAAGUGGAGACAAUCCAGUUUAUAUAUGGGGGCACUCUUUAGGCACUGGAGUUGCAACCAACCUAGUAAGACGUCUUUGUGAAAGAGAAACUCCCCCUGAUGCCCUCAUCUUAGAAUCACCUUUUACAAACAUACGUGAAGAAGCGAAAAGCCAUCCCUUUUCAAUAAUAUAUAGAUAUUUCCCAGGAUUUGACUGGUUUUUCCUUGACCCCAUAACAUCAAGUGGAAUUAAGUUUGCAAAUGAUGAGAAUGUAAAGCACAUUUCAUGUUCUCUGCUUAUUCUUCAUGCUGAAGAUGAUCCUGUAGUUCCAUUUCAUCUUGGAAAGAAGCUCUAUAACAUUGCUGCCCCAUCUCGGAGCUUUCGUGAUUACAAAGUCCAGUUCAUUCCAUUUCACACAGAUCUAGGCUACAGGCAUAAAUAUAUCUACAAGAGCCCAGACCUACCUCGAAUAUUAAGGGAAUUCCUGGGAAAAUCUGAACAUAAGCAUCAUCACUGAAGGCUGCUUGCAUGGGAGACUUGAAAUUGUGUCCUUUUAGGAAGAAAAAGAAAAAAAAAAACACCUGCCAUGUUUUAAAAUCUAGGCACUGGAUGAGUCUUCGAUUCCUGCUUCACUCCUUAUGCAUCCCUUUGGAAUCCCAGGCUUUGGGGAAGUAGGUAUGAAGAGCAAAUAUAGUUGGCUUCUGACCCUCCACCCCAUCUUUAUUUUUCUUCUAAAGAAGGGAAACAGACUAAUUAGAAAAAUUAAGUUCAAGCACAAGAAAGACUUGGUUAAAAUAUUAUGAAAGUUAUAGACAUUCCUACAGUUGUGUGAUGGAUCGCAACAACUCUCUACAGGACAAGAAACUUGCACUCUGAAAUGCAAAUAGACUACAAUUAUCUGCAAAAAUGUAACUGCUAUAAUCCUUCAGUGCUGCACUUAGAUUGCGGGUUGCUCUCUUGUAGAAAUUAGUUCAGUGACAAUUAAUCCCCCCCCCCCCCCCGGUAAGUUAUCUAAUUGGGAAUUGGUAAAAAUAAUGGAUUGUUUUGGUUUUUUAAAUUCCUUUACAAAAACAAGAGGUCAGGAUGUUUGCAAGAAGACAUUUCAGAAUGAAAUGAAGGAUGUUUCUCCUUUGAAAUAAAUUAACUAUUUAGUAGUGAUAAUUUAAUAGUGAAUAAGUUUCCCUUUCUCUGUUGCCUUGCUUUUACAUUUCAUAGCUAUCUCGCAUACAUAAAUAUAUAAAAAUGUUUUCUAUACCUCAUAUACUGGCACAUCUUGUUGAAGAUUCUUUUCCAGAUCAUUUUCUUUAUAUGUCUGUGUUCCUUAAGUGAUGUAAAAUUACACAUAGAGAGAUUUAUUUGGAGGACUCCCUUAUUAAAGGGAGGAUACCUUUAAGCUGAGUCCUGCAAUAGAUGGAAUAUUUGUUUUUACAUUCUGGUGAAGAUGUCUUCCAAUCUUCUCUAAUAGAGAGACAUAUAUGCACUUUGGAAGUAAGAAAAACAAUACCCAUUUUUAGUAAUCAUGAUUACACACCCAGCCCUGUCAUUUUCUUUAAAAAAAUACUCAGGUACAUUAGAGCUAGCUGGUCAGAAGUUUUCUCCCACUUUCCCUUUAAAAAAAAUACAAGAGAUUCUACAUAAUUGAAUAUUUUAACUUACUCUCUGUGAAUAGCAUUUCCAAUCUUACUCCAACAACAGUGAAAAUCUUAACAUAUAUAUGUGAAAAUAUAAUUUUAAUAUAGACUAGUCAAAGGUGCUGGAUAUUAAACAAGUGCUAUAUUUUUUAGUCCUUGCCUAUUAAAACAGUUGGUUUUUCCCCCUCAUAAAAUUAAAGAUUGUUUUUAGCUUGGUAUUUCUGUUACUAUUAUUCAAAUCUUGAGCUAUGUGAAAACUUACUGACCAACCUCAAAUGUUCCCUUUAGUUGGCGUAUGCCAGACAUAGAACCUAGUUUCUCCUCUUUACUGUAGCAAAAUAAUUACUGCUGUAUUGAAAUUUAGCAGACAGCAUGCUGGUAACUCAUGGUAAUAAAUGUUGAAGCUCA